AUGGCUGCCAAGUGCAGAGGAUUCCCCAUUCCCAAACCUGACCUGAUCGUGCGGCUGGAACAAGGGGAAGAGCCGUGGGUCCCGGAUCUCCAGGCUGAUGAGGAAAGGAAGAGCCUGAGAGGCAUCCGUACAGGUGAUAGGACAGUGAGUGAGAACAAGGAGGAGAUUCAGCAGGCAGAAGGUCCUGAAAAAGUGGAGCUGCAGGGGAUAUUUUUGAGAAGAACCAAAGGGAAUUUUUCCCAGGGCUUGGAACAGAGAAAUGCCUGGGGAGAUCGACACAGAUCAGAGAUGCAGCUGGAGAACUAUCCCAGAAAGAAACUGGAUGAAUCCAUUCAACGUGGUGGAGGAUGCAAGAAUCUCAAGGAAACCACAAUCCAGCAGACAAGUUACAAUGAAGAGAAAUCCUACAACUGCCUUGACUGUGGGAAAAGUUUCCAUUUCAGUGAAAGCCUUUUUAAACAUUGGAGAACCCACACCAGAGAGAAGUCCUAUAAAUGUGUAGACUGUGGGAAGAGCUUCAGUGAGAAGUCAAACUUUAUUGUGCACCAGAAACUGCACAUAGAAGAGAAACCAUAUAAAUGUCUUGAGUGUGGGAAAAGUUUUAGUCAGCGUUCACACCUUACUGCACAUCAGAGAAUCCACACUGGCGAAAGACCCUAUAAAUGUCUCGAAUGUGGGAAAAGUUUCCGUUUGAAAUCAACACUUAAUACACAUCAGAAAACUCACACAGGCGAGAAACCCUAUAAAUGUCUGGAGUGUGGGAAAACUUUCACUCAGCGCUCUCACCUUACUCAACACAGGAAAAUCCACACGGGAGAGAGACCAUAUAAAUGCAUUCAGUGUGGGAAAAGUUUCAUUCAACACUCAAACUUUAUUAGACAUCCAUGUCUGAACACAAGAGAGAGACGCUAUAAAUGUCUUCAGUGUGAGAAAGUUUUCAGUGCGCGAUGGAACCUUAUUAAACAUGAGAGAACCCACACAAGCGAGAAACCCUAUAAAUGUUUGGACUGUGGAAAAACUUUUGCAUCAGAGAACCCACACAGGUGA